AUGAAAACACUUUAUAUGCUUAUACUUGUUUUAGGAAUACAGGCGUCUUUUAAACAUUAUUGGCCGAUUAUAGGUAUUGAUUUGGGAACCAAAAAUUCUUGUGUUGGAAUAUUUAGAAAUGGAAAUGUAGAAAUUAUUCCUAAUGAGGAAGGGAAGAGAAAAACUCCAUCAGUUGUAGCAUUCACAGAUAAAGGGCUAAUAAUAGGAAAAGAAGCCAAUAAUUAGGCUAUAAUUAAUCCUUCAAGAACACUUUAUAAUAUUAAAAGAUUGAUGGGAAGAAAGUUUGCAGAUCCAUCUGUUUAAAAUGAUAGAAAGUUUAUGCCCUAUGAAAUAGUUGAGUUAGACGAUAAACCUUAAAUUAUGGUUUAAAAUAUUAAAGGAUUCUCCUCGAAGAUGUUUGCUCCAGAAGAAAUCUCAGCUAUGGUCUUAAUGAAAAUGAAAGAAAUAUCAGAAACCUAUCUAAAAAGGGAAGUAGAAAAUGCAGUAAUUACGGUUCCAGCCUAUUUCAAUAAUGCUCAGAGAUAAGCCACUAAGGAUGCUGGAGCAAUAGCAGGUUUAAAUGUUGUAAGAAUUUUAAAUGAACCAACAGCAGCAGCAAUUGCUUAUGGUUUUAGUAAGAGGAAAUUGAAGGAGAACUUAGUAAUAUUUGAUUUGGGAGGUGGAACAUACGAUGUAUCUAUAGUGAGUAUAGACGAUGGAGACAUCUAAGUAAUAGCCACUUCUGGAAUUACUAAUUUUGGUGGAGAAGACUUUGAUUAAAGACUAAUAGGUUAUUUGAUAAAAGUGAUCUAUAAAAAAAUUAACCAAGAUAUCAGCGGAGAUAAGAGGGCAAUUCAAAAAUUGAAGAAAGAAGUUGUGAAAGCGAAAAUAGCACUCUCAGUAUUUUAUGAGACUAAACUUGACAUUUAAGAUUUAGUUGACGGAUUUCAUUUUUAAGAAACUCUUAAAAGAUCUAAAUUUGAGGAUUUGAACGCUGAUUUAUUCAAUAAACUUGCUUAACCAUUUAUAUUAUCUUUGAAGGAUUCAAAAUUAACAGAGGAGGAAAUCAGUGAGAUAAUUUUAAUUGGUGGUUCAACUAGAAUUCCAAAAGUUCGAUAAAUUAUUGAAGGAUUGUUUUCAAAAAUAAAUAUUAAUUCUGAAAUUAAUCCAGAGGAAGCUGUAUGUUAAGGGGCGGCCAUCUAGGGAGCCAUUAUAUCAGGAGAAUCUAAAGAAAUUGAACAACUUCGAUCGUUUGAUGUAACUCCUUUUAGUUUAGAGUUUAUUAAAAUCAUCGAAAAAGGUUCUAUUCCCCAAGUGAAAUCUGAGCGAUACUUAUUUGAGGAAAAGUUAGAUGUGAUUUCAGUAUAUGAAAGCAAUGGAAAUUUUGUUAAAGGUUACAAUGAAUUAGGGAGUUUUUGUUUAGACAAAAGCAUUUUUUCUGCAAAAGAAGAAAAAAUACAACAUGAAUCCAUUUUCUCAGGAGGAUUUUUCGGUGGAAUAAUAUCACCUUUGAUUUUCUUCAAUUUAGGGACACCUUUAACAAGUGGAAGUCCUGAAUGUCCUAAGAUUGAAUUUUUUUUUUAAGUAGGCGAUGAUGGUAUACUCUAUGCUUCAGCUAAUUGCAAGAAAUCUGAAAAAGUAAUAUUUUUUGAUAUGAAACAUCCUGGAUUGUCAGAAGAAGAAAUUAGACGAAUGCAACAGUUUAAAAUGGAAAGGGUGGAUAAAAAAAUCGAAGACACAAAUUCUAUAUAUUAAUUUAUAUAAAAAAUUUACGAUCUAAUAAAAUACCCUCCCGAAAAUCAGUUUUCUGACUUAUGAUUUGAUUGUAAUUUGUGAUGUUUUAUUACCUAUCAAAAAAAGUGUAGAAUAAAUAUUGUAAUCAAUAUGGAUAA